AUGGACAUCGCUUCACUGGUGCGCGCAGUGAAUGCCGCCUUCGAAGACGCCUCGAACCUGGUGCAAAGGAUUCGCAAAGAUCGCGCCGCCAAAGCCGAGCCUCUCCCCGACGAACCCACCCAAGACCUCCUCGACUCACUCAAUCUGGGCCCCGUCCUUGUGCGCGGCCACUACGACCACGACGUGAAGCGGUUCGGCGAACAAUAUGCAUGUGGCGACGGACAGGCGCGAGAGCAGCUGAAAGAUGUCCUGAUCAAUCUACAGAUGACACUGAUCAUCACGCUGCGUAGUAUCAUGAUGGACGAUAUGGAAUUGGACUUUGGUGUCUUGCAGGCUGCAUCGGACGACUGUCGUGUCAAUGCGGGUGUUUGUCUAGGCCAACUGUCGCAGCGCCUGUCAAGUGCCAUUCAGGCACAAGCGUAUUAUCCUUCUUCAGCCACCGGAUCGGUAGUAGGUGGUGGCGUGGCACUGAUGCCUCCUAUGUCUCCUUCGUUGGGAUAUUCGAGUAGUCGGAGUACGCAUUCAUCUCCUGCGCCAUAUCGGACGCCUCGUACGCCCGAGCCGGGUUUGGACGCAUUCAAUAAUAUGAGCAUUUUCUCGACGGGCAUACGUGCUAACUAUAUCGAGAGGAAGACAUCGACGAGUUCCGGCGGUUCACAGGAUCCAUACCAGCGGCCGAGUUAUGGUCUGCCACUGUCACGGCCAACAACAGAUUACGUCGGUAAUGUGGCGGGUGCACCAGUUGGGGGUGGGGCUGCAGGACUCAAAGCGGAUGAGACGGAUCGAAUGAGCAUACGACGCAGAUCAUCUCAGGCACUAGCUGGUGAUGAUAACAUAUUGCUCAUGUUCCCGCAACCUGGCGGUCAGCCGAUCUUGAGUGCCCAGCAGCCCAAUGGAAAGCAGGAAUCAGGGCAAGAUUUAUCAGGAGUUAACAAUAGUCUGACAAGUUCGCCUGAUAUCUCGAGAACUUCAAGUGCCCACAAGAGACAUAUUUCGAGAGACCGGUUCGGACCAGAUGAUUUUCAAGAUGAGCAACAGCCACUCAUCAGAGGUGAUGGGAGACAGUAUUCCCACAGCACGAUUUAUGAUAUGUACCAGCCACAACCACCAACACCAGAACGACAUGCUUCGACCUCAUUUUCACAAAGAACACAAGCGAACGCACCACACAGCACACUCGAGCACGUCCGAUAUCUGCAGGAAAAUGCCCGACCUCCUCGUCCACAACCUCGAACCGACUCCUUAUAUCGACUGCCCAUGAAGACCUUCCAGCCUCCAGAUCAACUACGGAAACCAGUCCGUUCAAAUACUGCGAACACAGAAUUAUCAGCAUCCCCUGUGGACAUCAGGCACUGGCAGUCCCGUCCACCUAUUGCCGCUCCAGUCUCAGUUCAAACUACACCUAUUCAUGAAUACCAAGUAUCUCCACCAAUACCACAAGCUGAUUCACCAGAUGUACCCAAACCAAAUCAAUCGAAUGUCGCAAAACAUCUUUCCCCAACAAAUUCAAUCCUGAAUCCCAUCAACUCUCGAACAGAAUCAAUACAUACUGUCAACUCAUCAGUCUCCAACCCCCCUGUCUCAGUAACCUCGGGUCCCCUAACACUACCCACUGAUAAGAACCUGCUAGGCUUCUGCAAAGGCGCCUUCCGCCUACAGAUCGGACUAGAGUCAAAGGCAUUCAAAGUCGCCAACCGGCCUGUCGGCUACGCAUCCAUGAUCCAAUACUGGCGAUGCGAGAAAUGCUCCUUCGAGGGCCCAGUCUACAACUCGGCCGUUCUAUCCGACGGAAAGAAGAAAGCAAACUGGAAGCCCGUGAAGCUAUUCGACCCCAAAGUCCGCACCAGCGAGAGCGGAGCCAUCCGCUACAAAUGGGCAUUCCUCGCAAAAUGCCACGUUGUCAUGAAGGGCAUGGUGCCUUACGAGACGGCACUAGGCCAAAGUGGCGCUUUUGGUACGUUCGGCUGUAUCUUCUGCGCCGCGGAAGGUAAGCAGAGAGGCUGGCAUGAAAAGGUGCUCGCGAGCGGUGACGGAGCGAGUCUGGCCGGCAGCGGUGCAAGUGUCAGGAGCGGCAGUACGGCCAACACGGCGAUCCGCAAGGCUGAUACCGCCAAGAAAGGUGCGAAUGGCGCCGAGCCCAAUUCAACGCCUAUCUUUGGGAACAUCGGCUCGUUUCUCGCACAUCUGGAAACCGUGCAUCGGUCGGAGGAUGGCUGGCCCAAUGCGGAGAUGCAGGGUCGCAUGAAGUUGGUGGUGGGUAGGACGGCACCCGUUGAAGAGGAGGGCUGGGAUAUUAAUUUCGUGCCGUUGUGA